AUGGAUCCGGACAUCAUGCAGCGGGGAGGAUCCAAACAAAGAGCUGCGAAACGUGCUGCACAAACUUCGGCAGCAGUUCCAGAACCCAGCCGAUUGGCGACCCACCUUCUGCGGUCAUUCGGCUGGGGGAAGAUGUCUUUGCCAGAAGUACAGGUGGUGGCUGCACUGGUGGAAGAAGAUGCAUUGGAGCCAGUGAAAGCCGAGAUUCGCAUACUUGCCAAUCUCGGCUCUCGGGGCCUAUAUCAGGGAAAUCUCCGGAGAGACCUAUUGAGGCACACUCAAAUGCCUGCUCUUGUGAGCAGCAACGUGUGUGUGCCCAUCAAGAAAGCUCUCCGGGCUGCGAUCCCGUUUUGGACCCUGUUGACGAACGAUGGUGACAUAGCGAACUUUUGGCGAGAGGUCGGCUCCUCGCACCCUGCACUCCUGCACCAUCCCGUGAAGAAGAUCAAGAACUACCAAUCCAGAGCGGUACCGCUGAUCCUGCACGGCGAUGGAGUUCCGAUUGACAGCAAGGACAGGUCUUGUGCUUUUAUCUCUUGGAGAAGCCUGCUCUCCUCACAGACCUCUUCAAAGCUCGUCCAUGUGCUGAUAAGUGCUGUUUGGACUGAGCAGAUCGUGGUGUCUUCCUGUGGCAACACUGUGGCCAGCAUCUGGGGACACGUCGUUCGGGCCUUUGAACGAUGUUUCGAAGAAUGCAAGACGAACAAUGACUUGUUCCCGGUGCUCCUUUUUCUGACUGGUGACUUGGAAUGGUACAACACGAGUCACAACUUGCCACGGUGGAAUUCCAACUUCCCUUGCGGGCAUUGCAACAUCAGCAAAGACAAUAUGUUCGACUACAAAAACGUGGCGGAGGUUCCUGUGGAUCCAUGGCACUGCCCUCGCCGCAGCUGCUGCCCUCUCCUGCGACACCUUGUGAGCCCCAGUGGUGUGAUUCCGGACUGGAUGCACAGCAAGCACCUCGGCUUCGACCAGCGGCUGGCUGGCUCAACGUUGUGGGUUCUCUGCUGGAGGAUCCUUCCUGGCGGAGUAGAGGAAAACCUGGACAAUGUAUUGCUGCAGAUGAAGGACUACUGGCGGCAGCACAAGGGCAAUGGCAUCAACUACAUCACUCAGACCAUGGUCCUGGCUGACCCACAGGAUAUUCACUGCAGAAAGGGAUACCCUCGCUUGAAGGCCAAGGCAGCAGAAACUAAGGGCGUUAUUGCAGCUUUGGCGAGCAUCUGCCAACAGCACCUGCAACAGGACAACGAGGAGCACCAACAGAUUGCCCUGGCUUUGAGUUUCAGCCGCGAUUUGGACCAAAUGGCAGAUGGCAUCGAAGACUGGAAGCCCUCGAAAGAGGUGGCGGAUCGGAUGAUGCUCACGGCCGUUUGUCUCUUCCAGUGCAUGACGAUUUUGAAUAAGUCCUUUCUGGAGCAGGGCCAUCUGGCCUUCCAGUUGACAUUCAAGACACACUGGUUUCUGCAUGGGCUGCAGCUGGCGAGGCAUCUUUCCCCCAAGCUGACUUGGACAUACUCCGGCGAGGAUUAUAUGUCCAAAUGCAAGGGUCUCCUCAAGAUGUGUACCAAGAGCCGGACGAUGCUGACUUCGUUGGAUCGUUUCAUGCGGCAGUACACAGAUGCCAUGUCAAUCGAACUGGCAGAGAUCCUUGCACAGCCUGGACCGCCGCUCUGA